AUGGCUGCAGCGACCUCAAACUCGAAGCUGUGCUUCGUCACCACGGGCGCAACAGCACCCUUCGAAGCCCUGAUCGAGUCUGUUCUGAGUCCUUCGUCGUUGGACGCACUGCUGGAAAGCGGCUACACGCAUCUGCUGGUGCAGUAUGGCUCUGCUGAGGAUGUCUACACCGAUGCAGCAACCAUCGCUCGCUCACACGUCCAUGAUAAAUUGACCAUCGAUGGCCUCGACUUCAAUCCAGACGGACUUCAGGCACAACUCAAACUAGUGCAGCAGUCCAACGGCUUGACGAUAUCACACGCUGGAUCCGGGUCCAUCCUCGAGGUACUUCGUUACCAGAUCCCGUUGGUUGUUGUGCCCAACACCAGUCUCCUUGAUAAUCAUCAGGAAGAGCUCGCUGUCGCCAUGGAGCGUUCAGGGUAUCUGCUACGAGGCUACGUUGAAGACCUGGGUCCGACCAUUCGACAGUCGGAUGAGUUCCGUACGAAGAUGUCUCAAUUUCCUCCCAUUACUAGUGGGAAGCACAGAGAGACAAAAAGCUUCGCUGCUAUCAUGGAUGAGACCGAUCGAGACUCUGCUUUGCCACAUACAAACUGCAAGAUGUUCAUUCGAACCACAGUCAGAGCCAUCUCUUUGCACAAGUCCUAA